AUGGUAAAAGCCAUCGAACUCAACUCGAGAGAAACCCAGCUCAGGGGCCUGUUACUCGACGUCGCAAAGCGCAUCGACGACGGAGGAUAUGUGGCCAAAGCCAGGGAGCCUACUGUGCUUCGUUGGGCCGGUGGAUGGGUUCGCGACAAGCUGCUUGGUAUCGACAGCCAUGACAUCGACACAGCAAUCAACAACAUGACGGGGGAAUCGUUCGCCUCGCACCUGAGCGCGAUCUGCGACCUGCCCGAGGCCCGCGAACGUCACAGCAUAGGCCCCGAUGAUAUUGGCCACCUGCACAAGAUCGCCAAGAACCCGAAGAAGUCCAAGCACCUGGAGACGACCACCACGAAGCUCUUCGGUCUGGAUCUUGACUUUGUGAACCUGCGCAAGGAAACCUAUGCGGAUGAUAGCCGCAAUCCGCAGAUGGAAUUCGGUACAGCCGAGGAGGAUGCGCUCCGGAGAGAUGCCACGGUGAAUGCUCUCUUCUAUAACCUCCACACCGGCGAGGUGGAGGAUUUCACUGGAGGGUUGCCAGAUAUGGAGGCAAAGCUGAUCCGGACACCUAUGGCACCACUGCAGACAUUCACGGAUGAUCCGCUCCGGGUGUUGAGGUUGGUCAGGUUUGCCAGCAGGCUGCAGUUCUCUAUUGAUCCAGUCACCGAGAAAGCAAUGGCCGAGACUUGUGUGCUGGAUGCCCUAAAGCUCAAAAUUAGUCGCGAGAGGGUUGGUGUUGAGGUCGAGAAGAUGCUCAAAGGCGACCAUCCGCGUGACUCCCUCCAGCUAAUUGACACAAUCGGACUCUACCAUACCAUAUUCACAGAUCCAAACCGCCAGGAUAUGCCAAAGCCAGAUAUCAGCAACUGGAAAGCGGCAUACGAGUGCCUGCAAAUCUUGGCCGAGAGUAAAACCCAGGGGUCAAUCUAUGAUCUCCUGGUGAGCUCAAAGGAGGAGAGCUACUUUUCGUGGGUUCUGGCUGCUCUCGCCCCUUGGGAACAACUCCCGGACGAGCAGUCGAAGAAGCCGGGGGCGCUCCCAACGCCACUGGCAACAUCAGCUAGCCGCGAAGGCAUCAAGGCAAACAAUAAGUUGAGCGACGUCAUCACUGCCGCCCACAGACACCGGCCGUCCAUCCUGGGACUCAAGAAGCUGGCACUCGAGAAGUUGGCAUUCAGCAAGGAUGAGUGCCUGUACGAGAGGGGCCGGUUUGGGAUGGCCAUCCGGAACUAUGAAUCCCGAGGCGGGCACUGGAAGCUGCAGGUGCUCUCCGCUAUUCUUGUCGAUGUGAUGGAACGGACUGGCGGACAUGCCGCCGGGUCGGAUGGGCAUCCCUCCGAAGACAUGGACCGCGAGAAGAUACUGCUGGAAUGGAAGCGGUUCCUCGACCACCUCCAGAAAUUAGAUGUCAUGGAAGCGCCGGAAAUCAAGAGGAUCAUUGAUGGUCGCCAGCUAGCUCAGGCUUUGGGUGUCAAGCCAGGCAAGUGGAUGGCUCCGGCGCUUGAUGCCGUUAUGGAGUGGCAGCUUUGCAACCCGGGCGAGGAUGAUCCUGCUGGUGCGAUAGAAGAGGAGUCUACGCGGCCAGACCUUCUCGCUUUGCUGGCAUGUCUUCAGCACGGCGGCCGCAUUCGUGCCGAGCCCACGGAUUCCCACUUCGCCGGCAAACUUGCCGGCGCUAUUGCGCGUGCCAUAGCACCUAUUGCUUCAUCAGGCCGUAGCGAGGGUGGAACCCUUGAUCAAGAUCCCUACGGCCGCAUAUGCGAGCAUUCUCGCGAAGUUGCCUACGACGGACUUCGGGCUCUGCAGCAGCUGCAACAGCACACAUCAUCCAAAACACCCCUCGAUGAUCAAGUCUUGAUCACCCUCGCCGCCUUUUCACACGGGAGCGAGUCUUGGGCAGCAGACCAGACAACGGCAUUAGCGACUCUAAUCUUGGGCCAACAACUGACCGACAGUGACAGGGAGUCGUUGGUUGUAGACACCAUCCUAAAGGGCUAUUUACGGCCCUUGUUCUCCAAAUCCAGACCGAGUACAAUAACAGAAUCGGGCCGGAAGGCAGAGUAUCGCGACCAUGACCUGGAGCGCGAACGAGGCUUGCCAGAUGAGACGGCGAAAUCAAAACCUUGGAAAUACGAAGAUCUCCGCGCCAUACCCGUAUUCUCGUGGGCUAUCGGCCAAGCUGACGUAGACCUGAUCAGCAAGAACUGGCCCUUAUUUGUGCCAGUGCUCCUAACGUUGCUCGACGACCCUGCUACCAGAGUGAGAGCUCGAGGCCUGGUCAUCGCCACCGAGUUCCUCUCCAAGCUACCCGAUAAAACCCUUAUAGGCACGGGUCUUGCGACUGUUUGUGAGCAGGCCAUCUUUCCCUCCCUCAGCUUCCUGCCGAGCUUGACUCCGGAAAACGAGUCAGUCCAGCUGCUCGAGCCAGCUUUCAAAGCCCUUCUUGUUCUGUCGGGAAAGAUAUCAACAGAGAAGGACCCUGCGAAAGGAAAUAAACUGCGAGACCAAAUUCUCCGUGAGGGUGUCUUCAUGGCACAUUUCCACGCAAGAGAACACGCUCGAAUCGUCGAGGUCCUGUUCCAGCAGACAGCAGCAUUGGUGGGAGAGCUGAAGAUUCACGCCGUCAAGCAUCUCAAGGACCUGAUCCCGAUGUUCGCCGCCACCAUCACAGACCCCUUCGCACUCGGCCACCCCCCCGCCCUGCUAUCCGCCCUCGCCGCCCUGCAAGCCACCAUCGCCAACUGCUGGCCGCGCCUCUCACAGGGCGUCUGGCAGGACGAGAUCAUCAAGAUGCUCACCCUCGGCUGGCUGCAGGCGGCCGACGACUCGACGUUGACAUCGGCCCGCGAGGAGACCCGGAACCGGGUCCGAGGCGAGCUGAUCAAGGCCGCGAAGAUGCUGGCUGCCGUGGCCGAGACGGGCGACACACCCCUCGCGAGCAAGGUGGCGCCGCUGCUAUCCAAGGAACCAGAGCUUGCGGGCCUGUUCCCCGAAAUGACAUGA